CAAACUUUUUCCAAAACUCAUGACGGCAAAAGCUCUUCAACGCAAAAUCCUGGUUCGCUCACCACUCUGAAAGAAAAAAACUCAGCCAUCCAUCUCUCUCUAACCCUUUCUCAAUUCUCACUCAAAACCCUAACAACUCAAUCAUCCAUUGUCACUCGCCCGCCCCCCAACAAAGCUCAACCCUCCAGCAACUCAUACCCUCCUCGCCUCAGGUCUAUUCCCCUCGUCCCCCCCAUUGCUACAAGCUAAGAGCUCAGAGAAAGCUACAGCUAUUUCGUGCUUUUCCAGCAUCAACAUUACCAAACAGGCGAAAAUAGCAGCACCACAGUUUAUCAAAUAGGGAUCCCCACUUUCAAGCUACCAAUUCUCACUCUCUCCCAAAUUCCAGGAAAGUCAGCAGCAGGGAGAAUCACAGGGAAACUGCAGAGAAAAUUAUUAAACACACCCUAAUGAAGAGAAUGGAGGGCGCCUUCGACCAUGGCUCCUCCGAAAUUAGGGUUAGUGUUUCAGAGGUUCCAGCUGUUGUAGAGAACCCACCUCAGCAAAAGCACGAAACCUUAGAUGAAAUGCUUGCUAGACACAGGAAAGAGAUCGCUGAGGUUCAGAACAAGGAGACUAGUUUGAGGAAGGCAGCUGCUAAAGGAAGCAAGGCUGAUCAAAAGGCCAAGAAUAAGCAAGUGGAAGAGGAAAUCUCAGGGCUUUCUUCUAAACUAAAAGAAAGGCAAGCCGGCGAGCUUGCCUCUAUGGGAUAUCGAAGCAACAACAAGGAGGCCGGAAACCUAGACAACUUGGUCAUGGCCAUAGCUGGGGUCUCAGUGAGCAACAAUGGCACCGACUCUGCUAAAUCCAGAAAGGGUGCAAAGAGGAGGCGAAGCAGAAGGGAACAGCAAGAAGUAGAGAGAGAACAAAGAAUACAAGAAGAACAGAGCAACAUGAUCAGCGAUAGAAUGAUAGAGAAUGAGAAGCUCGAGAAGAAACUCGAACCGCUCGGGCUUACAAUAAAUGAGAUCAAACCUGAUGGUCACUGUCUCUAUCGAGCAGUCGAGGACCAACUCUCUCUCUCCGCAGGCAACAAUUACAAUUACCAAGAUCUUAGAGAGAUGGCAGCCAAUUAUAUGAGAGAGAAUGCAUCCAAUUUCCUCCCCUUCUUUCUCUCUGAUUGUAAACUUGAGGUUAGUUCUGAGGAUUCACCAUUGGAGAGGUUUGAGAGGUAUUGCAAAGAAGUCGAAUCAACAGCAGCUUGGGGUGGGCAAUUGGAACUUGGGGCUCUCACCCAUUGCUUGAAGAAACACAUUGUGAUAUAUUCAGGGUCAUUUCCUGAUGUUGAAAUGGGAAAAGAAUACAAAUCAGAGGCUAGUGGCUCAUGUAACCCUAGUAUUAUGUUGUCUUAUCACAGGCAUGCCUUCGGGCUAGGUGAGCACUAUAAUUCGGUGGUUCCCUGCGAGAAUUGCUAGGUCGAAGUUUAAUGGGAGGGGUUAUUUUGGUGGUUUUGGUUUGGACAAAAGGAAGGGGAAUAUCAAUGCUAUUUAUAUUUGUAGACUUUUAUAAUGUAGUCAUGUGGCAGUAUGAAUAUAUAUCAUCACAGUUUUGUUCUAUUA